UUUUUUCAGCUCAGAAUGACAGUUAAAGAUCACAUACUACCAAAUGAUCAACCUAUAAGCGAGCUGGAAUGUGAGGUUGCAUUUAAUGCGCUCACUGACAGUGAAAAACUCUAUGCUCACUACCUAAGCCAAGCUUCUUGGGAAGGUGGCCUUAUAACUGCUGUCCAGACCUCACCAGAGUCACCUUUAAUUUUCAGUUUUCUAUUUCAACUGUUGUCUGGUCAGCCUCUUUCUGAAUUAAAGGAAAAGGCCUUAGAGAAAGUUACAGAAGAUGAAUACACAGCUCUUCUGGUAUAUGCCUGUGGGGUGUUUGCCAAUUCAGGAAACUACAAGGGAUUUGGUGACUCGAAAAUCAUUCCAGGACUGCCACAAGAAAAAUUAGAAGAGAUAGUCCAAGUGUCUGGAGCAUACUCCAAACAGCCAAAGCUGUUCAAGAGUUUGUGGGACAAUUGUAAGAGUGGAAUAUAUUCCCUAAAUGACAAAGACAGAAGCUUGGGAUUCUGGGACAAGGGUGUUACAACUUACUUUUCUUCUAAUUGCACAAUUGAAGAUUCCAAGAUAAUCAAAGCUUAUCUUACUCAAAUAAAAAUGGAAGCAUAUAACUGUCGGACUUUCAAAACAACUGAAGAAGGAAAAACUGUGUAUGAAAUCAGACUGGCGUCUGCUCAGACUGGUGUUGACUCCAGUUUCAUGCCGGCAGAGGCAGAGUUCCAGGGGUGUGUGUUCAGAGUGACGCGAGGAGACUACGCUCCACUCAUGCGGAGAGUGGCUGACAAGCUUACAUCUGCCAAGGAAUAUGCUGCUACUUCUUUUGAGCAAUUGAUGCUGCAAGAAUACAUCAAGAGUUUUACAACAGGCAGUUUAAAUGCACACAAAGAAGGCUCUAGAUUCUGGAUUAAAGACAAAGGUCCUAUUAUUGAAACGUAUAUUGGUUUUAUUGAGACCUACAGAGAUCCCUCUGGGCAGAGGGGAGAGUUUGAAGGCUUUGUUGCGAUGGUGAACAAGGAGAUGUCAAAGAAAUUUGGUGCCCUCCUAGAGUCUGCCCCUUCAAUGUUGAAAAAAUUGCCCUGGCCUUCAACAUUUGAAAAAGACACGUUUCUGAAACCGGACUUUACAUCGUUGGAUGUCCUUACAUUUUCAGGAUCAGGGAUUCCUGCAGGGAUCAACAUUCCUAACUAUGAUGAAAUUCGUCAGAAUGAAGGUUUCAAAAACGUGUCUCUUGGAAAUGUCAUACCUGCAAGUAUAAUGGGUAGAAAAAUAUCAUUUCUCAGUCCAGAGGAUGAAGCGUUAUUGGUCAAACAUGCUGUUGCUUCCUUUGAGGUACAAGUUGGUCUACAUGAACUCCUUGGUCAUGGAAGUGGAAAACUUCUGCGAAAGGAGUCUGGUAAAUUCAAUUUUGAUGAAGAGAAUCUGAUAAAUCCUCUAACCAAAGAAAAGGUUGCAAGUUGGUACGAGGAAGGUGAAACCUACGAUUCGCUGUUCGCAAGUAUGGGCUCAGCUUAUGAAGAGUGCAGAGCGGAGUGCGUUGGUCUCUAUCUCAGCUUGGAGCCUGAUGUCAUAAAAAUCUUUGGCCAUGAGGGAGAAGUGGCUGAUGAAGUGAUCUACACAAACUGGCUGGCCAUGGUCUGGAACGGCACCUGCAAGGCAUUGGAGAUGUACCAACCAGCAACCAAGUCUUGGCUCCAGGCUCAUUCACAAGCAAGGUUCGUGAUUCUGCAAGUGUUGUUGGAGGCUGGUGAGGGACUGGUGACUGUGAGUGAGACGGAGCCAGGACAGAACUUAUUGCUGACUCUGGACCGCAAAAAGUUGCAUACUGUUGGCAAACGUGCCAUUGGUGAUUUCCUGCAGAAACUACAGGUGUACAAAUCAUGUGCAAACGUAGAGGAAGCCACCAAAAUGUUCAACAAAUAUUCAGAAGUGAAGGAUGAAGGUCCAUACCCUUGGGCCAAAUGGAGGGAUAUUAUCAUGGCACACAAACAACCUCGCAAGAUAUUUGUACAGGCCAAUACUCAGAUUAAAGAUGGCAAAGUCACUCUGAAGCGAUACGAACCAAACGUUGAUGGUCUUAUCCAAUCCUGGCUCGACAGAGUCAAUGUGCAAGAACACAGCGGAAUCCUCGAAGAGUUGUGGGAAGCUGACAGAAAACAUUUUUGAUUGUGAAAGAUACAUAUUGUAUUAAGAAGUUAAACAGAUGCCUUCGAUCCAGUAUUAAGUUAUAAGUGAAACUUUUUUUAUAUCUGGCAAGAAUGGCAGAAUUCUAAUUCUCACUAUAAUAAUGAACCUAUUAUAUACAAUAACUUUUAAACACUGUGCUUUGUACCAGUAAUAAAUUACUGAAAGGUA